UUAAGUGAAACUAAUAUCGCUUGAGCUGCAUGUUUGAUGAUGUAUUCUGAAAUUUUUUAAAAGGUUUUCUUCUCUAGCCGAACUUACUUUCGUUCUUCAGUAGAGGGCAGUGGCUCCAUUGAAGGAAAUGCAGAAGAAGACACUGGUCAUUGCCCGCGAGAAUAAGUGCGCUCGCGCGUCGUCCGUUGCCUAACUUCUUAUUGUCGUGCGAGUGAGAGUUCUACUAGAACUAACGGGUAUCUAGCUAACUGGAGGCUAAAGUUACCCUUUCCUAAAAUAAAUAAACUGCAUCCCUACUCAGAUGUCAAAUACAAAGUUCAAGCUUCUGGACUGACAUAAUGUCUUCUUUUUCAAAGCGUAAAAGAAACACACAGGACAUGAGAUGUGUGUUGUUUCCAGAGGACGUCAAUGAAACUUUCACUGGGAAGAGCUGUGAGCCCUCUAAAGCUACAAAGUCAUGGAAGCGAUGUGGUGAGAGCUUCUGGGAUGCUCCUGUGGUCAAGAAACCUCAAACAACAGGAAGAAUGUGCAGAACUGUGCAGCAGUUGAGGCAGUCAUCCAAGCUUGUGAGGCAUGGCACAGGAGAAGAAGAUCCCAUCCACAUUGCAUGGAGCUCAAGUGAUGAGCAGUCUGAUAAUGAAUGUCAGCUCCAUCUUCCUCUCAACGCCACAACGGACUUGGCGCAAUGUAAACCAUGCCCUCAGGCAAUGGUCAGCUCUUCCAGCAGAUACCUCUGUUUGUUCAGCACAGGAGCAGACACAGAUGACCUUCCCUCCAUUGAUUCAGACAGUGAAAAUGAGAAACAUGAGAAUUCUACCUCAAAGGAACAAAAUCCUGUGGUGAUGGGUGAGAUCUCAGACUAUUCCUCUUCUGAUAGUGAGGCAGCUCCAGAGCAGAACAGACGGCUGACCUACUCUGCUCUGGAACCAACAGAGCACCGCCAAAGGUCCGUCAGUGAGUGGGUUCGGUAUGCACAAGCACUGCUUCAGACCCCUCAGAAACAAACUGACAGAGCAUUGAAGACACCUGAAGACUCUGGCAAAAAGAGGCGCCGCUUUGAAUGUAGGGGACUUGCAGAGAGGCUGAAUAGGCUACAGUGCCGACAGAGGUCAGCUGUAAGCUUCUGGAGGCACCAGUCUGUGUCCAGCAUUACCACAGCUACAGAGGAAAGACCAGGUGUGUUAGUGCUACAUGUGCGGAACGUGCGGGACCUUUGUGGGAUGCAGGCUGCGUUGUGCGAGAGACCUAACGAGAAGGAAGAGCCAUGUGUGGCUCUUUUCAGCAAGGAUACAGCCACUCACUUGGCACCAGCUAUAGGUGACACUAUCUGUGUCUACCCACCAUGGCAAAAUCUGAUUGUUGAGGGAGAGCAACAUCCCGUAAUCCUGAACACUCAUUUCAGUCAGAAAGUUUUAUCAGGGGUAAAGCAGGACAGCAGUGUUAUCUGCCCAAGAGUUCCAUCUUCAGAGGAGAUUAGACCCUACCCCUUAAUCAGGUGCUUAUGGCAGAGCGAGAAGUACCUCAAGUCCACUCAGAAAUGUAGCCCAAGCAAACAGAUGUGUGCACGAGCCAAAAGUGAUGCAGGAGGAGCAUUUGAGUCUCUCCUGGAGGCUGUGGAGACUUCCUGGUCAUCAGGAUCUCUCUGUGGCCCUUUGGAGGUGGUGGUUCAGAGGGUCUAUUUCCUUCCUGUCAAACACUCCUCUACCACAAACACACUUAGACACAAAACUGUUGGCAAGCCUCUGCCUGGACCAACACAACAGCGGUACAUUGGCAGGUUUUGUAUGCUCGUCCAAGAUGUUUAUGGCAUGUUCAGUGAGGUGAAGUUGCAGUAUGUAUCUUCAGAAGUGGAGCUAAAAAACCACAUGGAGCAGCUGGAAGGUAAAGUGUGUGUUCUGCAGGGACUGAAGGUGAUCCAGCGCCUCACUCGUGAGAGAUGUACUAAGCUUUUCAGUUUGAUUGACAGUUUGUGGCCUCCUUUGAUUCCUUUGAGGGUUCAUGGAGAGCAGUCAUGCCAUCAGACAGACAGAGUCCCAUCACCCAACUUCUGUUAUAGACUGGCUGGACAGCAGGGCUCUGUGCUACCUCAACAUGUGUCCUCACUAUACCGGCCACCUGUCAUUCUCACCCUCCAAGAGGUCUUACAGAAUAAGCCUACUAGUGGCUGGUGCAGUUUCAAGGCAGUUGUGGUGUAUAAGAGAGAACAGAGCGUAGGAGAGGACCUCUUGCUGUUUGUCACUGACCCCAGCCUGCAGAGCGCAGGGAGCACUAGCAGAACACUGCCUGUGUAUGUGAGCACCUCUUGCAUGCUCCAGACCUGCAUCAGAGAGGCCAUUACAUCCCCCCAUCUCAGACCAACACUAGUUUUUAGAGAUGCAGUGAUGGAGAAUGGUCGAAUAUUUUGCUGGGAGCAGUCUGUGAUCAAGCUGGACUCUGAGCAGAACUUUUCUUUGCUGCAGCCCAUUCUGCUGGACCAGCUAAGCUCAGAGAGCGCAGCCUGUUCUCUCUGCACUCUUACAGGAGUGGUGGUUGAUGUGGAUGAGGAAUCUGCUUUCUCAUGGCCCACUUGCAGUCAGUGUGGAAGUGACUGCUUAGAGGCAAUACAGACCAAACAGGAAGCAUUUCUUUGUGCAACAUGUGGAGCAGUCGACAAACCAACUACAAAGAUGCAGCUUGAAGUAUUUGUUAGUUGUCCAUUACUUAAUCACUGUACUGUGAAAGUUAAGCUACAGCAGAAAUCCAUUAUGUCUCUCUUGAACUCUACAGGAUGUGCUGAGGAAUAUGAGGUGGAGAAUGUACUUGGGAAGAAAGUUGGUCCUCUCUGUGCAUUCAUCCAUGUUAUCAGCAAGAGGUCCACCCUUUGGAUGAGUUUGGAGGAGAUCAUUGUUUGACUCGUCCUUGUUAAAACUCAACUGUGGAUCUUGCAACAUAGUCAUCACAGCCAUCCUAAUAAAUCUACAUUGAAAUGAAAUCUGUCUUUUACAGACUCUUGAGUGUUUGUGUGCCAUCAUCAUGUUGCUCAGUUCUCUCUAGUGGUGUAGGCUGAAUUAUAAAAUGCUACAGCUACAAGAUACAAGCAGCCCAUCUGAAAUAUUCCACCGUAACACACCACUCUAAAAAUGCUACUUGUAGAAACACAUUGGUGUUUGCUAGUACAUAGAAUAUGUUUUUUUUGCAUUCUUUACAAAUGUGCAGUGUUCUAAAAGUGAAGUCCUUACAGGGAAGAUUUUUUUCACACAAAAUACCUCAGACUUCCAAAAGAUGGUGUUAUUGUUUAGAAAAUGUGUGUGUAUUUUUGUAGCAUGUAUUUUGCACCCUUCAUCUGAAAUAAAAAAAAGUGCC